AUGAGAGGCCGAGGAAGAAGAGGUCGGGGUAGAGGAAUAGAGGGGAGAGAACAAGAACGCGUAGGAAAAGUGUUGCCCAAACUGAUUGAAUUCGAAAAACCACCAAAGAAAGGUUUUCGCGAAAUUCCUAUAAUUCCAACCCGGGAAGAAAUUCUUGGUGAACGACCCACCGACCUUCCAAUCAAUAAAGUCGAUGAACCCUUUGAAUCAAUUGAGGAAUAUCUCGAAACCCAUUAUAAAUUGUUACGCGAGGAUUUUGUACGUUCUCUUCGAGAAGGCAUCGAACGUUACUGCGAAACCGACGAACAUGACGAAGAUGCGCGAACUGACAUAAGAGUAUACGAAAAUGUUAAGGUGGUCGGAGUUACGUUUGCUGGCGUGGGUGUGGUACAACGUAUUUCCUUCCGAACGCAGCAUUAUGAACAAGUUAAAUGGUCCAUGAGUAAACGAUUGAUUCCGGGAACUUUGGUAGUUCUAACAAACGAUAAGUUUUCAACCAUGAAAUUUGCUACCGUCAUCAACCGACCAGAGGAACUAUUGUCAAAAUCGUACAAUUUGCAAAUAGACAUUAUGUUUAGACCCGAAGACAUUGAGUUCGAACUCCCUGAUAACUACAUCAUGGUGGAAUCAAUAUCAUCGUAUUUCGAAGCAUAUCGAUACAUCCUCAAUGUCCUUCAAGAAUUGGACCCCGAUACCCUUCCAUUUAAAUCACACAUCAUUGGUGUUAAUCCGAACAUUGGGGCUCCGAAAUAUCAGGAGCGUCGUGUUUUAAACCAAAAUUAUGAUUUUGGCAACGCAAAAGCUUUCAAAAACAUGAAAGAAGUUUUAGGUCAAUGUAUCAAGUUGUUGGGAGGAAUGGCCGAGUAUUUGGCACUGAAACGAAUGCUAACCAGAGAACUGGCAUUGAUUCAAGGACCACCGGGGACCGGAAAAACGUAUGUCGGUUUGGCAGCUGUGCAAAUAUUGCUGGAAAAUACAGCCGAAACUAUAAUUAUUGCUUGUCAAACAAAUCACGCUCUCGACCAAUUUUUAGAAGGAAUCCUGGAUUUCGAAGAAAACAUCAUACGUCUAGGCUCGCGAUCAAAGUCAGAAAGAGUCUUGCAGCACACCCUCUAUGAGAAAUCUAGAAAUGCCGGCGAAUCCAAUCAUCCCGAACUUUCCAGACUUUAUAAGGAACGAGCAAAAAUUGAGAGAAAGAUGGAAAAAUUGUGUGAUAAGAUUCUAGACCCCUUUGUCGACAUGGAAUAUAUUAGGGAAAAGGAAAUUUUGAGCGAAGAUCAAAUUUCGAGUCUUAAACAAGACGACUGGUAUUUGGGCAGUUCUCAGAAUGAAAGAGGUGAACAAGAUAGAAAUUACAUAAAAGAAUGGUUAGAGUCAUCCAUAAUGACAUAUUCUUCAACCUACGAUGAACUUGAGAAUAAAAUCGCCCAAACAAUUGCCGGUGAACAAAAACAUGAUGAGGAAGACGAGGUGGAAGACGAGGAGAUGAUUGAAGAUGCAAAAGAUCAAUUUCAAGGAAUUGAGGGAGGGAUAAUAACAAAAGGGAAAUAUGUUAAAGUUAAAGGGGACAUCUAUGUUAAUUCGGAGACGUAUGUUAAUAACAAGGAAUUAUCCGAUUAUGAAUCCGUUGAAGAUCUAUGGGAGAUUCCGCCUCAAGUGCGAGCGGCAUUACAUAACAAAUGGCGAAAACGGAGAUUGGAUGAAAUAAAGAAGCAACUAAAGUUGCUUAACCAAGACUAUUCGAAGAUUUCAGAAGAAAUAAAAACCCAAAAGAUUCGCAAAGAUCUCGUGCUUUUGAAAUCCGCAAGGGUGAUUGGAAUGACCACCACAGCUGCAGCGAAAUAUCAUGUAUUAUUAAUGAAUUUGGAACCGAAGAUUAUGGUAAUUGAAGAAGCUGCUGAAACAUUGGAGGCACAUAUCAUUACUGCUUUGACACCAUCCAUCGAGCAUCUCAUUCUUAUUGGCGAUCACAAACAACUUCGACCAAACACAUCUGUACAUGAACUUGCCGAUUAUAACAAUCUUGGAAUUUCGCUUUUCGAAAGAUUGGUUAAGUACUUGCCCUUCACGCAACUCACCGAGCAAAGGCGCAUGCGACCCGAGAUACGCGAACUUUUAACGCCAAUUUAUAAUGACACCCUGACAGACCAUGAGAAAGAGGAAGAAACACUUCAGGAAUCUAUGAGCAAGAUAAACAAAUUUGAAGCUAGAAUGUGCGCUAAGCUUGCGGCAUUCCUCGUGAACUGUGAAUAUGAUCCCACAAAAAUUAUGUAUUCAGGACAACGAAAGAUGAUUGAGUCACUGCUUAGAGAGGAAGGUAGGAAGUCGGAAGACGUGAAAAAAUUGUGA